AUGUCCCUCGAGGCUAUUUUAUUCGAUAGAUCUAACCCACAAAAUGUCACGGUGAAAGUUUUGGACCAAUUACUGCUUCCUUACACCACCAAGUAUGUCCCCAUCAACACCAUCGACGAUGGCUAUCGUGUGAUCAAGUUAAUGCAGGUGCGAGGCGCACCAGCCAUUGCCAUCGUUGGAGCACUUUCGGUACUCACAGAAACGCAGCUGCUGGGAAACGACGGUUUCAUGAAAACACAAGCGUUCUAUGAUGCGACUGAUUUCGAGACUGUGCGCUCUAGACUGAGCCAAAGACUAGCGUUUUUGCUCGACAGUAGACCUACUGCAGUAAACUUGUCAAAUGCUUUAUCUGAAAUCGAAAAAAUCUUGAGCAAGGCUUCCAGCUUGGAGGUUUUCCGCACUCAGCUUUACGACUUCAUUUGUCAGUUAAUAGACGAUGAUCUGUCAAACAAUGUGAAAAUGGGGAACAACGGCGCUGAAUUUUUGUUGAAACAGCUCGAAAAAGAGGGCUUUGAAGAUGACUUUGCUGUUCUAACCAUAUGCAACACAGGCUCUUUGGCCACGUCCGGUUACGGUACCGCUCUUGGUGUGAUUAGGUCGCUGUGGGAAGAUUCCAUGGCCAAAGUUUCCAGCGGUCAAGAGAAAGGCAAAAAACGCAAAUUCAACAGUGGGGCUGCCAAAAUGACUCAUGUUUUUCCUCUAGAAACACGUCCUUACAACCAGGGCUCGAGGUUGACCGCUUAUGAGCUUGUGCAUGACCAGAUUCCUGCCACACUGAUUCCGGACAGCUCUAUCACGUAUCGCAUAGCGACUAGUGACAUUCCAAUAAAAGCAGCAUUUGUUGGUGCUGACAGAAUUGUUCGCAACGGUGACACGGCAAACAAAAUUGGUACGUAUCAACUAGCUCUCAUUUGCAAGCAGUUCGGUGUCAGGUUUUUUGUUACUGCUCCAAAAACUACUAUCGAUAACGUCACUGAGACAGGAGCAGGUAUUGUUGUCGAAGAGCGCAAAGCGGACGAGUUUAAACACGUCUCUGGUACUGUCAUUGAUGACAUCACUGGAAUGCCACAAUUGGACAGCGACGGCAAACCUAUUGCCGGUAAAGUUGGGGUUGCUCCCGUUGGAGUGUCGGUUUGGAACCCAGCAUUUGAUGUGACGCCGCAUGAGCUGAUAGACGGGAUCGUUACCGAAUCUGGAGUUUUCACCAAGGACUCAGAGGGGAAGUUUAACCUUGCAGACCUUUUCUGA